CAUGUUAUUCUGUUUGUUUUAUUCUGACCACCAGUGGUUCAUCAUGUUAUGCUGUUUGUUUUAUUCUAACCACCAGUGGUUCAUCAUGUUAUGCUGUUUGUUUUAUUCUGACCACCAGUGGUUCAUCAUGUUAUUCUGUUUGUUUUAUUCUGACCACCAGUGGUUCAUCAUGUUAUUCUGUUUGUUUUAUUCUGACCACCAGUGGUUCAUCAUGUUAUGCUGUUUGUUUUAUUCUGACCACCAGUGGUUCAUCAUGUUAUGCUGUUUGUUUUAUUCUGACCACCAGUGGUUCAUCAUGUUAUGCUGUUUGUUUUAUUCUGACCACCAGUGGUUCAUCAUGUUAUGCUGUUUGUUUUAUUCUGACCACCAGUGGUUCAUCAUGUUAUGCUGUUUGUUUUAUUCUGACCACCAGUGACUUCCUACUAUGGAUCCUUGCUCAAACCAAACUUUGACUCUAGCAGCACUGGGACGGCCCUUCUCCCUGGGAAUGCUGUAUGACUGUCGCAAUGAUCACCUCAUUCCAGGCCUGACGCUGUGGGAUGAGGAAGCACUCAGAAGGAACAUCAUUACAACAGACAAGCCUUUCACCGACUUCAAAGUCAUCACAUCUGACUCUACAGCUGACAAGUUCUCUGUGUUAAAUGUAAACGGCUCUCUCAAAACAAGCUGUUUGGCAGGGCUGGUUAAGGUGGAGGGAUCAGCAAAGUAUUUGAAAGAUGUUAAAGAGUCUCAGAAUCAGGCGAGAGUCACACUUUGUUACACCACUACUAAGAAAAACAGUCAACUGUCCAUGAACCACCUUGGGCAGGAACACAUAAGGUACAAGGAGGUUUUUAGCCAAGGCAUAGCUACACAUGUGGUCACAGGUAUACUUUAUGGAGCAAAUGCUUUCUUUGUGUUUGACCGUGAGGUCUCAAGUGACGAGGACCGUCAAGACGUUGAGGGAAACUUGAAAGUGAUGUUUAAUAGCAUUCCCUUUGUUUCUUUUGAGGGUGAGGUUGCUUUAGACAUGAAGAACACUUCUGAAACUAAAACUGAGAAGUUCGCUUGUAGAUUCCAUGGGGACGUUCUCCUGGAAAACAAUCCUGUAUCUUUUCAAGAUGCAAUGGACACCUACAAAACCUUGCCUCAGAAGGUAGGUGAGGGGGUUCCUGUGCAAGUGAAUCUACUUCCGUUAAAAGCCUUGGACCCUACUGCCGCCCAGAUGGUUCGUCAGAUCAGUGGAAGCUUAGUUGACCAAUGGCAGACUGCGCUGGAAGACCUCAGUGAGCUGGAGAUGAGAUGCAACGAUGCAAUGAGAAGCAAGCCAGUAAAAUACUUCAAGGAAAUUGAUGCCAAAGUGAAAACCUUAAAAAACCUGUGUUUCACAGAGCAUUUGAAGACUACUUUGGCAGACCUCCUUCCGUCUAUUAGAGGGGGAGAAAAGGAAGAGAGGGUGUUGUCCGACUUCUUGAAAAAGCAGCAAGAGUUCCGUUUCAACAGCAACAUCCUCAGUGAAUGUCUGGAUCGCAUUGAGAGAGAGAUCAAUGUGGUUGAUCGAUUCCUAAGCAUGAUUACAGAGGACUACAGUCAGACGUGUUCCACCAAGAUAGUCACAUCAAAGAGGGAACUUGACAAAGAGGUUUUGAACUCAAAAGUGAAGCGUGUUGUAUGUUUCACUUUCACCUCUCUGGGGUGUGAGGACCCUGUCCUGUCAGCUUUGGAUUCCCCUCUGAGAACUCACAAGCCUUAGUGCCAGUUAAACCUGAUCUGACAAGAUGGUACCAUUCUGAUAAUGUAUUUGAUGACAUGGACAAGCAAGCUGGACUUUUCAAAGAUUUUGCCGAAGCUAACAAAGAGGCCACACAAACACGUUUCCUCUUGGCCUCCAUUCCCAACAAGGAACAAGAAGGAGCCAGCAUUUACCUUUAUGAGAACGGAUCCAAAAGAAACGAGCAUUGGGAGCCUCCAUCUAAACCUGAGAAGCCAACAGCACGUGACAGAACUCACAACAGUGUGACGCUGGAGCUCCUCCCUCCUGAUAGUGGAGCCCACUGACGUCACCCACU